UCCCGCUGGGGGUGCAGCGCGGUGACUCGCUCCCGGGGCGCCGGGCAGCUCCGCACCCCGGGAAGGCGCGCGCCCCUCUGCGAGUAGCUCGAGCGCUGGGCCCCCGGCCCGGCGAGUUGCCCAAGACGCUGAUGACUCCUCCCCGGGGACCCUCCCCUCAGGGGCGCGUCACUCUCCCCACCCCUGGGUCCCGACCCCGCGGCUUCUCGCACUCGGGACGCGCCGGGGACGAGUGUCGGGCACCCGCUCGGGAGCCAGGGAGCCCGGGGCGCCAUCCCCAGCGCGUCGGUGCGUGCGCCCAGCGCCCCAUGGAGCCGCCGGCCGGCAACGCCAGCUGCGAGAACGGUUCCCUGAUCAGCCUGUACUGCUCCUCCCAACAAGUCCUGUGCCAGAUCGUCGGGGGCCUCAGCCCUGAGGUGCCGGGCAAUGUCACCUCUAGCAGCUGGCAGGAGAGGUUCAGGCAGAACUACAGCUUCUAUGUCGGCCUAGGCCUGGCCUUCUUGUCGAGCCUCCUCAUCGGCAGCAGUGUCAUCCUCAAGAAGAAAGGCCUUCUGCGACUGGUGGCCUCAGGGGCCACACGGGCUGUAGAGGGAGGAUAUGGCUACCUGAAGGAUGCAAUGUGGUGGGCUGGAUUUCUCACCAUGGCUGCUGGAGAAGUUGCCAACUUCGGGGCCUACGCAUUUGCUCCUGCGACAGUCGUCACACCCCUGGGAGCACUGAGCAUCCUCAUCAGUGCCGUCCUCUCCUCGUACUUCCUGGGAGAGACUCUGAAUCUGCUGGGAAAGCUGGGCUGUAUCAUCUGUGUGGCCGGCAGCACCGUGAUGGUGAUACAUGCCCCCGAGGAAGAGAAGGUCACCACUGUCACUGAGAUGGCCGCCAAGAUGAAAGACACAGGGUACAUCGUGUUUUCUGUGCUUCUGCUGGUGCUCUGCCUCAUCCUCAUCUUCGUCAUCGCCCCACGUUAUGGACAGAGGAAUAUCCUCGUUUACAUCACCAUCUGCUCAGUGAUUGGGUCCUUCUCUGUGUCUGCUGUCAAGGGUAUGGGCAUCACUAUUAAGAACUUCUUCCAGGGGAUGCCCGUUGUGAGGCACCCCCUCCCCUACAUCCUGUCCCUCAUCCUGGCACUUUCACUCAGCACCCAGGUCAACUUCCUCAACAGGGCACUGGACAUUUUUAACACCUCCCUGGUGUUCCCCAUCUACUACGUGUUCUUCACCACCACGGUGGUUACUUCCUCUGUCAUCCUCUUCAAGGAGUGGUACAGCAUGUCUGCCAUGGACAUUUUGGGCACCCUUUCUGGCUUUGUCACUGUCAUCCUGGGUGUGUUCAUGCUUCAUGCUUUCAAAGACCUGGACAUCAGUCAGACCAGCUUGCCCCCCAUGCACAAAAACACAGCCCCAUCUCCCACCCCCGAGCCCACUGUCAUUCGACUAGAAGACAAGAAUGUCCUUGUGGACAACAUAGAACUCUCCAGCACCCCAUCACCAGAAGAGAAGCCCAGAGUAUUUAUUAUCCAUUCUUAAAGCUUGGACUACCUAAGUGAGAAGAUGAGUUCUGUGGUACAGCCUGACUUUUCAAUUUCAGUCACUUAUCAUUUUCAGCACAAUUAUUACCAGGGGGCUCUCUUUUCUCAAGACGUUCACUUAUACCUCAUCCGUGUUUCCAGGAGAAAGAUCGCUACCCAGAGAGCGGUGGUGGCAGAACUUUCUGUAAACACAGCCUCAGUGACCAAAUACCCUACUUCACGUUGGUGCCAGCAGGUCCCCUGGGCCUCCUUCCCACUUGUUUCCUCUGUGCCCUCUCCAUGUGGUUGGGAAGAGGAAAGAAUUUGACUUGUUGAAUGUAGCACAGGCCAAGAACUUCCCUGAGAUGCUGGUUACCAGGAAAUCCUUAGAACUAGUUCUCUUUCAGAGACUGAAUGGCAGUUCUUAGCCAGAGGGGCCCUGCAGCUGGCCCCCAGAGACCCAGAGAGCAAUCUGUCUUGCCUCCUCACCCAGAGCUGACCACGGCAACUGAUGUAAAAUGCCCUGCUGCCUUUGCCGCUGGCCCUCCGGAGACAAAGCGAGACGUCCGCUGACCAUUCCGGGAGAGCCACCUGAUGUCUCAGGGAAACGUUUCCACCGGCCCCGUUCCCGGAGCACUGUGGCCGGGAGGGCAGCAUCUUUGUCUCCAUCUACUGCACCCCCGUGCCCACCCCUUCCCGCUAUAAUCCUGAGGGGUCCGUCACGGAGGCACUCAGGCACCUGUCUUAGAAUGCCAAACAGAACCAACAGCAACAGCACAAGGUGCUUCACAGCCAAGCUCGGCUGGCCAGAAGCAGUCAUUUUGCCUCACUCUUGGAAGAGAACAGCAGUUGUUUUGCUCUUAAAAGCAGCCUGGCUGUUGAGCUAGAAUUUGGCAAAAUGCACUUUUCCUCAAGGAGUAAACCAAUAUUUGAUUUGGGGAGAGUGAGGAGCAAAGCCAGGAUUUGGCGGAAGCAGCCACAGGCUCUCUGGGAACCAGGGGCUACCUUUUGGGUUUGCUCUGGUGCUCAACCAAAGAUUCAGGCAAAAGGGGCUCUGGGUAGUUUCUGAGCUGCAGGCACAGAGGCUUGGCCAGUAGGAUCAGCUUUGAAUUUCAGUGACCAAGUGGGGUGCAGGCCUAGCCCGAGGUGCAUUUGGCUCUGUUGAUCAGAUUGCCAGCAAGUCCCCAGCUCCUCUGCUGAGCUGUCCAGCUUGGGCAGCAGUGUGUCAUGGCACCACCUGCUUUGGGGACUGCCUUUGGUCCCCUCACAUUUGGCCAGAGGCAUUCAAAACACAAGAGCAGCUGGAGAGAGAGAUAACUGAUAUCCCUUCCCUUCCUGUCUUUCUGGCUCCAAGAGUGUGAGUGGGUACAAGGAUCAUUUAAAGGGAAGCGAGAGAGUCAGUAUUUCUAUAAAGAGGGAAGGCUUGAUCCUCAGCGUCCAAGUUGGUACAGAGCCUCCCCUGUGUAACUCCAUACUUAUGCUCUGUGUUUAUAUCCCAUGCUCCGCUCAUGUUGGUCUUGUGUCUCCAAAGGCCAACUGAUGAACAGACUGGCUUCCUGCACCUCCAGCCCUCAAAUCCCCAGUGUUUAAUGAAUGUGGGUGUGUGUCUGUCUAUAACCCAAAUCAGUGCAACACAUUGAAUCUUGAGAAUGGCAGUAAUCUGAGGCCCCUGAGAGUACUAUCUGCAGGGUCAAGAAUAAAGAGCUAUGAGUAUGUUUACUUGA